AUGAUAAUUGUAGGAGGCGCCGUAAGCCGACACCGACUGAGGAUUACAGAGCCCGAAACCCGUCGUGUCUCGCAACCGCCCGCCGCGCCUUAUCACGCCUCGUUACUUGCGGAGGAAUUUACGAAAAUUAUAUUAGAUCCAUUCACGGUGAAAAUCAAAGGGAAGCGUUGGAAAAUAAGCUUUAUGUACAACGAAGAAAACAUCAUGUUGCUUGCAAGGUAUGGCGAGCUGCUGGUUCGCUAA